AUGGCGGUCGACCAAUCAGGCGACGCCAGGUCAUCGUCCCCCAUCCCGCACAUUGGCUUGCGAAAGCAUGUAAAGAAUCGACUAUCCAGGAUACUGGGACACGUGAAAGGGAAGUUUCUGGGUAAUGGGGAAGAAGAGGAAAGGGCAGAUGCUGGGGACGGGUGGGAGGAGGGGGAACGCGCAGGGAAAGGGCACGCGGAGGAGGGCGGGUGGGGAAGAGCGGGGGAGGGGGAGUGGGGGGAGAGCGAGGGGGACGGGGAGGGCAGCGAGAGCAGUUUCGUGCCUGGGAGCGAGGGGGGCAGCGUGGUGGUAUGGAGCGAGUCAGGCACGGUGACCACAGGGGGCGCGUGGAGCGAGGCGGAGAGCGUGGUUAUCCACCCCUCCCACAGCGCUGCUAAUAGUGCAGCAGCGCGUGCCUCGAAGCAGCAGCAGCAAGGGCGCGUUGGGGGGCGUGCGGGGGAAGAGCAGGGCCAGAGCAGCAGGGGAAAUGCGCGGGGGAGCGGGUGGAGAGGCGGAGAGGAAGCGGAAGAGGAGGGAGCACGCGCGCAGGUCCCUGUGCGCAAAACUGCCGCGGACUGGUUUGAUGAUGACGAGGAUGACGAGUGGGGGCUCGCCGGCGAGGCGAGGCGGGAAGACUCUGAGAGGGGGGCGGGGAGCGCAGGUGGGAGUGGCAGCUGGGGUAGGAGUGGGAACGAGCAGCAGCGCGCGCAUGGCGGGGGGAGGGGCGCAGGGGGGUUGACACGCAAGCCCGUUGACCUGGUGGGGGCGGACGAGGUUGAUGAUAGUAGUGAGAGCGGUUCUAGCGAGGGGGAGACGGAGGAGGAGAGGCGGCGGAGAGAGGAGGUGCUGCGCAGGCGGAGGGCGCAGGUGGAGGGGGCGCGCGGGGGACGGGGGUCUGCGCAGAGUGGCAGUGGGUGGGGUGGGGGGAAGAGUGAGGAGAGAGGGAGUGGGAAGGAGAGGGGGAGUGGUAAAGAGAGGGGGAGUGGGAAGGAGAGAGGGAGCGGGAGGGAGAGAAGGAGUGGAAGGGAAAAGGGGAGUGGGAAGGAGAGAGGAAGUGGGAGGGAGAGAGCUACAGCAAGCAAACAAGAUGCGAGUGAGGCUUAUGUGCAAGGGGACAGCGCCAGACGAGCAGCAGGCGCAGCAGCCGCAUGGGAGAGGAUUGUUGGGAAGAACUCAGGCCCUUCCCCUGCUGCACCUACUCAUGCCCCUGCUGCCCCUGCUGUUUCUGCCCCUGCUGCAUCUACCCCUGUCGCGUCCGCCCCUGGUACACCCACCUCAAAAGCCACCACCCCCCUGGCAUCCUCAGCCCUGCCUGACUUCGACUCGCUCAGCGACACCAGCAGCAGCAACAGCGACAGAAGCCGCAGCCACGUCAGCGGCAGCAAGAGCAGUCAUCAGGGCAGAGGCAACGGCAAGGGCAAGGGCAAGGGCAGGGUGUCGAUGGUACCACGCUCCUUCCCCAUGAGUCUGAGCACCACGGAGCACGGCUUUCUCUCCAGCCCUGAGUACGAUGAAGCCCUGGGCAGUGGCCAAGCGCCCUCCAUGCUUCCCAAGUCCUUCCUCCCCCCAUCCCGCAGCCUCACUACUGCUGGUGAAGCCGCUGCUGCCGGUGCUGCCGGGGGCAGCAGCUGGACUUCUAGCCUCGGCGCCCCUGCGUCUGCUGCCAGCCCUGCUGGAGGCUCGGGGAUAGGCUCGGGGAUAGGGUCUGGUGCGGGUCUGGGGUCGUGGAAGAGCAUGAAGCGCAGGCUCGGCCGGGCCACGAGCGUGGGCUCGGUGCAGACGGAUAUGGACGGGUGGUGGAGUGAGGAUGGGUGGAGCGAGAUGGGGAGGGGUGAUGGGCGGGACGAGGUGGGCAGCUGGUGGGACGAGGAGAGUGUGAUGAGCAGCUUCAGGGGGGAGAGGGGGGGCGGUGGAGGGGGAACAGGGGGGUGGAUGCGGAGUCUGUCUCGGGGGAGCAUUGGAGGGGGAGGGGAGUGGGGGGAAAGCGGGAGUGUCCCCGGCACACCAUCCUCUGGGCGGCCCAAGACUGCAGACCCCGCAUUCGGCCGCAGUGGGCUGGGACGCCUGAAUUCCGGCGAGGGAUUGGCAGCAGGGGGGGGAGUUGGGGGGGAUGGCGCGGGCGCGGAAGGGGGCGGAGGGGAGGCGGACGUGAGGGCAUCGAGCUCGUUUCUGGUGAACUGGCGGCGCAAGCGGCGGCAGCUGCAGCAGGAGCAGGCACGGAUGCAGGACGCUCUCGCAGCAGGGGGAGGGGUGGGCCGCCCAGAGCGAGGGUCCAGGAGGUUCGGCGCCACCGCCAAGCCUCUGGUUCGGAUCCGAGGCUCGGGGGUAGGUUCGAUGGGGGGGGUGGACGGGGGAAAGGGGUUGGAGCGGGUGGUUGAGAGGCGUGGGGAGGGGGGAUGGUCAGAAUCAUGCAGCAGUGGGAGUGGUGGCGGUAGUGCCAACAGCAGUGGGCGGAGGGUGGGGGAGGCUGACAGCCAAAGCAGCAGCAGGCGAGGGAAUGGUGUUGGGAGCUCUGCCCUUGCUGCUCCCGGUCCCUUACGUACUGCUACUGCUGCUUCUGCUGCUGCUGCUGCUGCUGCUGCUGCGAGUGGUUCUGCUGGUGGUGCUGGUGGUAGUGGCAGGGGCAUGGGCAGCAGUGGGGCUGCGGGGGGAAGGGCGCUGGUGAAGCAUGCGAGCUGGCAGCAGGAGAGGGUGAGCAGGCAGGGCAGCCCCUGGGGGUCCAGGGGAGCAGGCGCCGGGGCAGGCGUGCUGCAGCAGUCCGUGGGGCAGGGGGGCCGUGGGGGCGAGGGGGGACGCGAGGGGGGUGAUGCUAGGGCUAGGGCGGGAGAUGGUGGUGGGAGGGGCGUGGGAGGGCGGCAGUUUGUGCGGCACUUGAGUCUGCAGGAGCGGGGCAGUGGAGGUGCGGGGGGCAUGGAGGGCAGGGGUGUGGAGGGAGGAAGGCGGGCAGUGGGAGGAGGAGGGGGAGGAGGAGGGCUAGGAGGGUUGUUGCCUGGCAGGCCUGGUUUGCCCCCUUCAGGUUCAACUUCAAGCCGAAGCAUUGGCAAGGCAGCACCUGCCCUCAGCCCCACCGGCCCAACGCACAUUGCUGCCGCUACCACCACCAGCAUUGACAGGAGCAGCAGCAGCCGGUCAGGGCGGGUUUUCCAGAAGAAUCUGAGCCUUCCAGAAGAAAGGAUCUCCCGACGGAGCAGUGGCCACUGGGACGCCGCCACAUCAGCAGCGGGGAGCGACUCAAACCCCAGGACCCCUCCACCAGCCAGUCCAGGUGGCCGCUCCCCAUUGGCUGGCAGGGGUCUGGGCGCAGCUGGGAGGGGGGGAAGCAGGGAUUGGGGGUCAGGACGAGCAGGGGCGCCUGAGGCAGCCGGGGGAGCAACAGGGGAGCGGCGGUUUGUGCGGCACCUUAGUCUGCAGGAGGAGGGGGGGGGCCGCCAUAGGAAGAGCUUCAGUCAGUGGUCCAUAGGCCUGGGCCUCGCCGCUGCUGCUACUUCGCCUGCAACGCCAGGCUCGGCAGGAGGCUCGGAACGUAGGUCCGGGCUGGGUGGUUCGGAGAGGCGGUUGGCUCGGAGGAUGAGUCUGGGAGGUGGGGAGGUUUUCAGUGCUAGCGAGUUGGGGAUAGCCGUGGAGCGGCGGGAGGGGUGGCGCGAGGGUGUGGGGGGACUGCUGAGAAAGGUGGCAGGGGGUAGCAAGGACGAGAGCACAGCAGGUGCUGCUGCUGCUGCAGGGGCUGGUGGGAGGCGCAGUGGCGGUGUGGGGGGGCAGCAGCAGAGCAAUCUGGCAGGGGGAAGUGGGGCGGAGGCAGGAGAGAGGGGCGCAGGGGGAGGAGGGGAGGCGAGGGCGGAGAGGCGGGCACGGUACGCCCUGAGGGGCGUGCAGGGCAGCCGGCUGCGGGAGCGCGCGUUCCGACAGCGAUGGGGCGCCGGUGGGGCGACGCCUGUUGUGGAGGAGGGCGAGGAGGAAGGCGAGGAGGAAGGCGAGGAGAGUGAGGGGAGCGCGGCAAGCGAGGGGAGGGUGGCGGAUGGGGAGGGGAGGAGAGGGCGGAGUGAGGUGGAAAGGAGGGCGGAGGGCAAAGGGGAGAGGGGGGACAUUGGGGAGAGGGGGGACAUUGGGGAGAGGGGGGACAUUGGGGAGAGGGGGGACAUUGGGGAGAGGGGGGACAUUGGGGAGAGGGGGGACAUUGGGGAGAGGGGGGACAUUGGGGAGAGGAACGGAGAGCGGAAGAGUGAGGUGAAUGGGGAGAGGAAAGGGGAGGGGAAUGUGGUGGAAACGGAGGAGAACAAAGGGGAGGGAAAGGGCGACGGAAGGAUGGAAGAGAUGGAGGUGAAGAAGGAACAGGGGCUGCAAAGUGUCUCGGACAUGAGGAGGAGGAGUUUUGGCGAGGAUUCAAAUGGGAGCCGUCUCUUCCAUGAGAGUCGUGAACGAAUGAGAGGAGGUGAAGAUGCGGAAGGGACAUGCCGCAAGGUAGAGCAGGAGGCGGGGAGAAUGAGUGGCGGAACGAGAGAGGAGAGUGGCUGUGGCGGGGGCGAGGACAGCAGAGAGGUCCGAGGGAGGAAUGAGGAGGGUGUGGGCGGAGGAGGGGAGAGGGACGGGCAGAGCACAGCUAGGGAUGCUGAAGCAGGGAACGGGAGCAGUGAUGGGGGCGGUGGUGGGAGUGGUGGUGGGGGCAGUGAGAGGGGACGUGAAUUGCCAUGGAAAUCAGGCUGGCAGAAGCAGGCGGGGCAACUGAUGUGGGUGUAUGAGGCGCGUGGGGUAGAGAAGGAGAUGGGCCAUGCGGUGAGGGCGGAGGAGCAGUUUCAGAGACACAUGCAUGGUGAGAUGCAGGGGCAGCGGAAGGAGCAGGAAAGGGAAGUGAAGGAGAAGGAGAAAGAGAGGGUGCGGGAGAGGGAGCGGGAGUGGGAGCAGGGGAGGGAGCAGGAGAGGGAGAAGGAGAAGGAGAAGGAGAAGCGGCAGGAGAGAGAAAAGGAGCAGCAUGAGGUGCAGAGGAAGCAUGGUCAGGGCGGGGCAGGGCAGGAGUUGGUGCAUGCAGGGGGGGUUGGGAAGGAGGGCAGGGUGGUUGUGGGUGCAGGUGCAGGCAGCAGACGGCUGUUGACCCGCAGCUCCAGUGUGCCUCAUCCUGCUGCCCUUGCUCUGCCCCACCCGCAUCCUGCUCCUGCUGCCUCCCUUCUCUCGGACCCAUCACGCUCUAGCUCACAGCAUCAACAGCUCCAGUCCCCGCACCACUUACCGCAGUCCCCGAACCACCAGCACCGCCAGCCCGGUCGACCCAGAGGCCUCGUGAAGACUCUCAGCCUGCCGCCCUCUGCGCUCUCCGCUGCUGCUUCUGCCUCUGGUGUUCACACUGUUGCACCUGGAGGGCCUACUUCUCCACUGCACCUUUCCUCCCUGGCACCAUGCUCCGUUCUACCCGCUCUGCACCCCUCUUCCCCCGCGCUGCGCCCCUCUUCCCCCUCACUGCGCCCCUCUUCCCCCUCACUGCGCCCCUCUUCCCCCUCACUGCACCCCUCUUCCCCCUCACUGCGCCCCUCUUCCCCCUCACUGCGCCCCUCGUCCCCCUCACUGCGCCCCUCUUCCCCCUCACUGCGCCCCUCUUCCCCCUCACUCCUCCCCUCCUCCCCCUCACUGCGCCCCUCUUCCCCCUCACUACGCCUGCGCCCCUCAUCCCCCACUCCCAUACCCAAUGGGGGAAGUGGUGUGAGGCGGGCAGGGGCACGAGCAUCUGAGCGCCCCUCAACCGCUCCAUUACAGUGCUCCUCCACUGCCCCUCAGGAGCGCCCCUCAACCGCUCCAUUACAGUGCUCCUCCACUGCCCCUCAGGAGCGCCCCUCAACCGCUCCAUUACAGUGCUCCUCCACUGCCCCUCAGGAGCGCCCCUCAACCGCUCCAUUACAGUGCUCCUCCACUGCCCCUCAGGAGCGCCCCUCCGUGACCCCAAUGCAGCGCCCGUCCUCCCCUCAGCCUGCACUGCACAAGGCAGCAGGAGCAAGGGCGUCUGAUCAACGCAGCACAUAUGCAGCCGCCCGUUCAGCCCAUGCACCUGUCCCCCACCCUGUCCCCCACUAUGUCACACACCCUUCCUCUGCUGCCCACCUUUCACCUUCUCUUGACUCUUCCCCUGCCCUUGACCCGUCCCUUGCCACGCCAAUGGCGCAGCAGCCAAUGGGCAGGGCGGGGUGUGAGAUGGGUGGGGCCCUGGACGCACGCAGUGUGGGCGCGGGAGGAAGGGGGGGAGGGGCGGGCAGUGGGCGCAGCAGUGAGGAGCAUGGGAGUGGCAGGUCGAGCGGGAGUGUGGGUGGGAGUGGGAGGUCAACCGGCAGUGCAGGUGGGAGUGGGAGGGCCAGCGGCAAUGUGGUUCGGCGCAGGAGAGCAAGUGGGAGUGCGGAGAGCGAAGCGAGUGGCGUGCUGUUGAGCGCAGAUGAGGCCGAGGGUGGGGGCGCAGGUGGUACCAGAGGAGAGGAGCGGCAGCGGGAGUGGAAUGCAGGGGGAGAGAAGACGAAGAAGGGGAAGGAGAGGGGGGUUGGGAAGAAGGGAGGGCAGAGGAGGAAGGUGCACGAGGAGGGGGUGGAGGAAGAGAAGGGGGAGCGGAAUCCUCGGGACGGGGGCAAGGAGGAAGCGGAAGAGGUGGGGGCUGAGAGGGUGGUACGAGAAGGGGAGGAGUGUGGAGAGCACGGGGGGCAGCAUAAGAAGCAAGCGAGGAGUUCAGAUGGCUGUGCGCACGGUGAGGUGAGCAGGAGUGCAGGCUCAUCCAAGAAGAAAAGACACGAUGAGCAGCACACAAAGGGUCUUGAGAGGUCUGGAAGCAAGGAGAGCAGCCGGGACGAGAAGGGCCGUGAGAAAGGUCAUGCAGUGGAGCAUGGGGAGGGGAGGGAGCAGGAGGUUCUGACCCCGAAGCAUCCAGAAAAGAGUCCGAGGAAAGCAGGGAAGGCAUCUAAGAUCCCGAAGGGUGCAGCAGCUGUGAAGAGCCCAAAGAGGUCAAAGAAGAGCCCACGAGGGGUGGAGAAGCAGCAUGGAAGGCACAAGGACAAAGACGAGGAGGGAUUACCUGUGGAGGUGGUGGGGGAUGGCGCAGCAGUGUGUGAAGCGGUUGAGAUGGGUGCAGUGGGGCAUGGGGUGCAAGUGAAGGGUGGAGCGCAGGAGCAUGCGAGUAUUGAGGGAAACACGAUUGAAGGGAAGGAGGAGAGCGGGGCGGGGGAACGAGAGCAGAGGGACUUGGGUAAGGUGGAGGUGGAGGGUGACAGUGGGAAGAGGGAACGGGACAAGAAGCAGCGGAAGGAGAAGCGGCACAGUAGGGAGGAGAAGCGAAAGCAUGGGGGUGAGAUGGGGGAGGGUGAAGCGGAGAAGGGGAAGCACGGGGGGAAGAAAGAGGGGAAGCAAGGUAACGAGGGGCGAACGAGGGGAGAGAAUGCAGGAAAGAAGGGAAGCCAUGAGGAGAAGCAAGGGGAGCAUGGUGACAGGAAGGGUCAUGGGAAGAAGAAAGAUGGGGAGCAUAGGGAAAAGAAGGGGAAGCAUAGGGAGGAGAAAGGGAAGCAGAAGCAGGGGAGUGAGCAUGGGGAAGCAUCUUGUGAGGCUGGCGGUGGUGUCAAGGCAGAAAGGGAGGCGGGCAGGAGGGAAGGGGGAGCGAGGCGAGGGAGGGAAAAGGAGAAGCGGAGGAAGAGCAGCAGUGGGUCAGACUCCGUGCUCUCACAUGCCCAUGCCCCCCUGGCCUCACCCCUGGACCACUCCUUGCCUCCCACCCCUACUGCUGCUGGUGUUACUGCUGCUGCGGCUGAGGCCACGCCAUGCCACACGGGUUCCAGCAGCUGUGCGUCCUCCUCAGACUUGAGUCUGGACCUGCAUGCCCAUCCGCACGCGCCCAUGCAUGCUGCCCUGCAUGCGCCCCUUGAUGUGGCACAUCCCCUCAUACACACUUCUGCUGCAGCACCCAUCCAUGCCACACCUCCCCCUGCGCCCGGCACUGCAUGCCAAAACGGGACAGCUGGCACUCGUGAUGAUGGUGGCAAUGGUGGCGAUGGCACUGACUCGCAGCAGCACGCGCAGGCAGCUUCACACUUGGAGGAGCAGCUUGUUGAUCGGAACAGCACCGCUGUUGCCGGUGCUGCUGGUGGUGCUGCCGUAGUGGCUGCUGAUGAGCAUGGAGGUGCGUGCCUGGAAGGCAGCUCGGGAGUGCAGACAUUAGGACAGCAGGGGUGGGUGCACGAUGGUGGGGAUGCACUGCUGUGUGGCGAUGGGGAGGAGAGGGGAGAUGGAGAGGAGCAAGGGGAAAGCGGGGAGGAGGAGGAGGACAAGGUGGAGGUGGAGGAGGAGUUGGAGGAGGGGGAGGUAGGGGAAGAAGGGGAGGACGUUGAAGAUGGAAAGGAAGGGGAAGAGGGGGAGGAGGGGGAGGAGGAGGAGGGGGAGGAGGAGGAGGGGGAGGAGGGCGAGGAAGUGAGGUGGGUGGAGGUGUAUGGCAUGGUAGCUGUGGAGGAUGAGGUGCUGCUGGUGGGGGUGGAAGCACAUGAGGCGAGCUGUGAUGCAAUUGGUGGCACUAACGAGGAUGCACCCCAGGACCAGCUGACUGACCAGCAGACGCACGCAGAGCAGCAGCAGCAGCAGCAGCAGCAAGAGCAGGAGGAAUUGGAGCAAGAGGCGCAAGAGGAGAAAGAGCCGCAGAUGGGUUUCCUACGGAUUGAGGGGUCUGAGCAUGCUGAGGAGGGUCGAGAGAAGGAAUUAGCCGCAGCAGCUGUGUGUCAGGGCUUGCAGGCAGAAGCAGCCACUGUGGCAGAUGAUGACGUGGCAGGCGCUGGUGGGACAGGUGGUGAUGUGGCAGGCGAGGCUGGUGCCAUGACAGAGGCUGUGGUGGAUGGAGCAUCAGCAGACGCUGCAAGGAAUAUCAGCCGAGAGGCAUCUCAGCGUGCUACCAGCCACAAGGAGAGUCGCAGCGGCAGCGAAGCAAGCAGGGAGGAUGGCGAGAGUGGUUCGGAGGAGGAGCAAGGGGCUGUGAGCGCAAGCAAUGAGGGCGAGGGGCAGGGCCGCAGGGCAGCGCUGCACUCACCUCUGCACCUGGGGUCGUUCAAGCUGACUGCAUGGAGCCCUGGCAGUGCUGCACUCGAGGGUAGCAGAGGGGACAGCAUAGGCGCUGCCAUCAAGGGCACGGAGGAGCAGAGGAGCUUCCGCUUCCACCCCGCCAGCUCUCUUGUCAUCCACGUGCCCCGCACCGCGUCCCCCUCGCCCCCCCACUCCCCCGCCUCCUCCUCACCCUCCUCCUCCGCCCUUACUCCCGCUCCAGCCACCCCCACGGCCCCUCUCACGCCCUCCACGCCUCUCACCCCUUCCACCCCUCUCACCCCUCGUCGCAGCAUCUUCACGCCUCGCUCGCUGCUCUCUGCGUCGCUUGGGGCGUUUACUGGUAGCGCAGGCAGUGGCAGUGGCAACGGCCUGGGAAAGGGGCGAGCAGGCAGCAGCACCGCUGGCAAGAGUCCCUUUUUCCUCUCCCACUCGUCCCAGCCACACCACCACCAGCAGCAACAGCAGAAGCACGAGCAGGAGCACAAUGAGGAUCAGGAACAGCAUAUGUAUUCAGACGAGUUGCAUGCGACCAAUGCUCCCCCCUCCUGCUCGCCUCGCCUCGCCUUCUCCCGCCCCUCCGCCCGGCCCUCGCUCUCCGCCCUCUCCUCCUUCUCCUCCUUGCUUGCAUCACCCCGCACGCCCUCAGGGGGAACUCCCAGCAGGGCUGGAGACAGCUGUUCUUCCACCAUCAGCCAUUCGGCCAAUCCCUGCAAGGGAGAUAGCCAAGCAGGGCAGCAGCAAGAGCAGCAGAGAGGGUGUCAACCGGCAGUGGGAGGUGCGUGGGAGUGA